UGGCGAUGAGAAGGAUUUAGAAAACGAGUCGUGAAGCGUACUUGGCAGGCACCCGAGGUAACCGACGAGUGAUCCUUUCAAUGGGCGACCUGACGACCUUUUGUCUAUUCUCGAGGAACAGCUGUCUAAAUUUGAACAUAUUCAGGAAUCAAUUCAGUCAAGCGCUUCGAAAAUGGCCGGACCAGACGGGAAGUUUGACUGCGAAAAGGGUGGCGGUGAGAUUCUCGAAGCCGACCCGAGGAGCACCAUCGACACUCGUCUACACCUUCAUGAACCGUUCCACGUCGCGAAAGCAGGCGCGAUGCUGCAAGCCAGCGGCGCCCUUUCCUUCCUCAGCGCUUUGUGCGUGGACGCCCCGAGUCGACUGCUCAUCAUCGCUCAGCGUACCCUUCAUCACAUCCGCACUGCUGUCGUACCUCGCUGGAGUGGCAUUCGUAAUCUAUGCCGCCCGUAGCGCUGGGGUGCGAUGGGGAUAUAUAUUCUUCAAAACGUUCGUCUGGACAGAUGGUUGCAUGAAGGUCGACUCUUCCUGUCUAAUGCUUGCUUGAGUAAUCAUGCCGUAUGGGAUCGUCAGUCAGAGCCGUAAACGUCCCGAUAACAUUGUCCUA